AUGUCGGUUUUCGAGAAGAGCGUGCAGGUGGCACUGUCGCCACUUGUUCAUUUAUUGGGGCUCGAAGAUCCCUUAAUAAUAUCCCAAGCAAGAAAGGAGAGGCAAGCAUCGGAUGAUAUGAGUGUAGACAAAACCACAACAGAGAUUGUGAAGAAUAAUUUGUGUUCAUUUGAAUCAAAACAGCGACCACUGCGAUACGUGUCGGUAUCUAAGGAUCAUACCUAUCCACCAAAGAAGAGGGCCAAGGACAGUUACGAGAGAGAUGUGCCUGAGGGAAUCUUUCCGGUAUGA